AUGGACGCCUACACAUUCGAGGCAAUCCCGUCCGCAGUCUCCUACUCUUCGGAAGGCCGAGUCAACUUUCUCACGAACCGCAGCACCGCAACCAACCGUCCAAUCGAGGAAGAAGCGCCGCCAUUCGUUCCUGAUGAAGCCGCUGGGACUUACCCUCCGAAUGUAGAGGCGCGGGACUUUCAACCUGAAGCCGGCAGCAGCGCCGGCCAUUCUCGCCGGCGGCCUGUAGUCUGGCCGGUGUGCUCGGGACCGAGCACGAAGCCGACGGUGAUCACUUUCCGAAAUGCGACCGACACUGCCGUGCAAUCAUACUGGGUCGACUAUGACGGAAUGGAGGUCCCGUACGAGUGCCUGCAGCCUGGCCACGUGUACAGGCAGGAGACGUACGUACAACACCCGUGGGUGUUUCGCGACGAGGCAACCCACGAGCCGUUCGUUGUCGGCAAGAGAGCUUUGGCUUUUCCGCGGGAUUCGUCACGGAGCGAGAUGAUUAUCAAGCGUCCGGAGGCGCUUCCGUGGACAACGGCAUCGCACUAUCAGUUUCCGAUGGAAUUCAAAGGGUUCGAGGCUGCGUUGCUCCUCUGCUGCAACAGAUUAACGAAGCAGCAGCACGCGCAGGGCCUGCAUGUCCGGUGCGAAGGGGCUCAAGCUGCUGCUCCUCCACUGGGGGAGUUCCUUGCUGGUUUGCCAUCAGAUGUGCUGCUUGUGAUCAUAGCGAAAACGGCGCCAGUCCAACCCGACAUCGAGGGCGUGUGUUGCUUCUAA